UGUUUCAAACGAUUCAGUAUGAUUUGGUGAACUGGUUCAGCCGGUUCACUAAGAAGAAUCAGUUAAAUCGAACGAUUCGUUUGCGAACUGGACAUCACUAGUACAAAGGGAAGAGAUAUUGAUACGUAGUGUAUUAAAUCUGGGAGUUAGUUUAAUGAGCCUUUUCUUUGAACAGUUUUAAACCUCAGUUAAUGUGCGCUCUUGAAGAGAGUUUCAUAAUUUUGACUGCAGUGUUUCCCACAGCCUUACACUCUAUUUGUGGUGGCACUCCCCCGCCCCCAUAUACAGUAUAUGUAUAUGCAAAUUCAUUUUCUGCAAGCAGGAGGUGCUUUAAUAGCAGGGAGAGAGAGAGAGAGAGAGAGAGGCAUCUCAGGUAAUGGAUGUAAAGCAGCACUGAGCUGAGAUUGCAGAUGCUGCUGUAUCAGGCAUUACAUGCAAGAUUAAAUAAAAAUGACAUUAAACAUUUUCUAAAUACAGCUGGUUUCCUUCUGAAAUAUAGUGAUAUAAAAACACUUGCAACGGUUUUUGAUGUUGAAACGUGCAGUUAUUCAAUGAAGUCAAAGCCUUUUGGGAAAUCUAUUUAUGCCGGUCAGUUUUGAUAUUGUGGAGGCCCGUCACAAAUAAAUCAAUUGCCAAGGGAAACGUGUUCAGUUUUCAAUAGGCAGUGAUAGUAGGUUGUUUGAAAGUGAAGGGAAAUUAGAUUUUAAUUUAACAGCAAUGUAGGCAGAUGGCAAUCUGUUGCCUGCUGCGUGUGUCUGAAAGAAGCCUACAGGAUGGAUGGACGAGUUGACAGCAUUCACAGGUCAGGAAGCUUAUGUGGCAGGUCACUAUGUUCUUAAGCCCUACUAUAUUUAGCCAGGUCUUUGGAUGCACUUCAGUUAAGGGCACUUCUAUUGGCAGCAUUGAGCAUAAUGUCAAAAUCAUAGCCUUUGUGCUUUUUUUCCAACCAGGAUGUGGGAUCAGGGUAACUGUUUGCUUUCCUGUAUCCUCAAGGAUACAGUCAAGGUCAAGUUAGCUCUUGCAUGAGAGGUGCAGCAACUUUAUUUAGAACUGCAGUUGCAAAACCAGUUACUCUUCUGGUUAGCCUUACCCCAUUACUAGAUGCUUUUUCCUGCUGCGCACUCAAAAUACCAUUUAUUUACCCGGAGAAACGUUGUCCAAGACUACUGUAUUAAGUCUCUCGAGGGAAAUUAUGCUUACAUAGUACUAUGCUUUUAAGCAAGCCUUUUUUAACAGCUAAGCAUUUCUACCAGAUAGACUAAAGGGUAUGGGUGACUGCCAAAGUGAUUCGACUCACUUGUUGCUGGAGAACUUAGCGGCACCAUCCAGAACGUUCCUCUCUCAGGGCAGGGGAAUGUUCAAACAUAAGCCCUCUUGUUUAUUUCAGACCACUGUUUCAGACUGGCUUGCUCAGUAAAUGGAGUUUACGAUGAUUUUAGCCGGGUAUGGUGUGCUGUUUUUUUGUUUGUAAGUUGAAAAAUACUGCAGUUUGUCUAUCGGCUAUCCUCUAUCUGUAAUUUACAGUUUUGUUUUUACAGCUUAGUUUUGUUGUCAGUGAAACUUGAGGUCAACGUAUUUUGUCACAGAGUUAGCUCAGCUCUGUAAGAGGCUUUAAAACCUUGGUUUUGUUAAUCAAACAAAAUUGUGCUUCUUCUAGAUAAAUGGGGAGAAAAUCCUCUGAUGGCCAGUUAGGUGUGAAAAAAGAAUCAGAAGUCAGCUGUAAUGUCUCUACAGGAAUUGUCUGGGUCUUAUUAAAUUGGCUGUUGGCCACAUGAGUAGUUAGUUUUCUUUGCAUGCUUAUCCACUGUCCACAUCAACCCAUAUUUCUUAUUGCAAUAGGGGAACUUAGGAUUUGCAGUAAACACCUGAUCGUAUUGACAGUAAUCAUUUUCAUGGUCAGACAGUGCUGGUGGGGCUUUUAGACAGUUUAUAAUGACUCUCAUUGAUGCUUAGAUCAUCCAUAGCUCUUAUCUACAGUCAGUGAAGUCUAUAUCACUGAUAAUCUGGUUUCGACUCGUCUGUCAGUGGGUGGAGGGACAGAGUUCAUUGCAUUGCAAGGUUGUGCUAAAGAUUUAACAAGACCAGAUCUUACUUAUAAACAGUAUAUUAAUCAUGCAAAAACAAGCAGAAAGAAUUUAGCAAAUGUAACAUUCUUUCUUUGAUGUUGGUUCCCUUGUCAUCUUUCUCAGUUGAUGAAGUGGUGCAGUGUGACAUUUUUUUGUUAUCAGUGAAUGUUCUGCAUUAUCUUAUAUUUGAGGGCUAUGUCAUAGUACAGAGGUCCAAACUGUCAACGUCAGCGGAGACUAGUAUAGUCACACAAACAGUUCAAAUUUGGCAUAUCUUUCAAGAUGGACUGCACUGAAAGUGAACCAUCGUUAAUGCAAGAUCGUUUGGAGGGGUCAGGCCCUGCAGUGUCUCCCAAUGCUCUGUCAACCAGCUCAGAAGGCGGUCAAUACGGUGUGGAUUCAGUGGAUGGAACUCCAGACCCUCAGCGCACCAAGCAAGCCAUCGCUCAGCUACAGCAGAAGAUCCUCAAACUCACAGAGCAGAUCAAAAUCGAACAAACAGCAAGAGACGACAAUGUAGCUGAAUACCUGAAGCUGGCCAACAAUGCAGACAAACAGCAGAGUGCUCGCAUCAAGCAAGUGUUUGAGAAGAAGAACCAGAAGUCUGCGCAGACCAUCCAGCAGCUGCAGAGGAAGCUAGAGCAUUACCACCGCAAGCUCAGAGAGGUGGAACACAACGGAAUACCACGCCAACCCAAAGAUGUCCUGCGAGACAUGCACCAGGGUUUGAAGGAUGUAGGUGCCAAGGUAACCGGUGGCCUCUCUAGUAUCUCUCAGGCAACGCACUCUGCCGCGGGAGCAGUCGUGUCCAAACCUCGUGAGUUUGCCUCUCUCAUCCGCAACAAGUUUGGAAGUGCAGACAACAUCUCUGCUCUAAAAGACUCUCUGGAUGAACAACAAGGGCCUGAUGAGCCUGUAACAAGUACAAGGACAGCAAGCACUAGGACCUCAGGACCUGGGCAGCUGCAGUCCAGCCCAAAAUAUGGCAGUGAGGACGACUGCUCAAGCGCUACGUCAGGGUCAGCGGGAGCAAAUAGCACCACGGGGGCUCCCGGAGGCCCCCCGAGCUCAAAGGGUAAUACACUGGAGCAUGGCCAGAGCUCUGGCUUUGAUGCACUACUGCAUGAGAUACAGGAGCUGAAGGACAAUCAGAGUCGACUAGAAGAAUCCUUUGAAAACCUGAAGAGUCACUAUCAGAGAGACUACACAGAAAUCAUGCAGGCCCUGCAAGAGGAGAGAUACAGGUGUGAACGUCUAGAGGAGCAGUUGAAUGAUUUAACAGAACUGCAUCAAAAUGAGAUUCACAACUUGAAGCAAGAGCUGGCCAGCAUGGAGGAGAAAAUUGCUUACCAGUCUAAUGAACGAGCCAGAGACAUACAGGAGGCGCUAGAAGCCUGUCAAACCCGCAUCUCUAAGAUGGAGCUUCAACAGCAGCAACAGCAAGUGGUUCAGUUGGAAGGUUUGGAAAACGCCACAGCACGCACUUUACUCGGCAAACUCAUCAACGUGCUGCUGGCCGUCAUGGCGGUGCUCCUAGUAUUCGUUUCGACGGUCGCAAACUGUGUAGUUCCGCUGAUGAAAACACGUAGCCGUACGCUUUCCACAUUGCUCCUUGUGGUUAUGUUGGCUUUUCUGUGGCGGAAUUGGGAAGCCAUGUCGCAGUACCUGGACCGGUUUCUGCUGCACCCCAGAUGACCUGCAGGGGUGCUGUGGUAUUCGUUUCGUGAAGGGACUGCAGGGCGAGAACUUUGAUUCAAAGAUGGAGACUAUAGCACUGCCUCAGUUGCACUUAGUAUGAAGGGAUGCGGCACGAGAGUGAAGGACACAGAAAAAUCUUACAACCUCUUUCUCGUUUCUUUCACUGAAGGAGUGAAUUUGUUUACAUUUUGAUCUUUUUCCGUCAACAUAAGUUGUAUUGCUGAGUUUCCUUUUAUUUGUUGUUGGAAAUGAUGCAAGUCGGGUUGUUCAUUGUUCUCGUAAUUCUCGUUAGGAUGUACAUUUAUGCAAUUUCCUAAGUGUUGCAUUGCAUUGAAUUGACUGGAGUGGUUUUAACAUGCACUUGAUGGGAGAUAUAUCUCCUCGUUUUUAAUAACAUAGCAACUGCUCUUUUCCUUCUUAACUUUAUUUAAUUUCUCUUGUCUAUUCUACUGUUGUCUUACUCUUGCUCUUCCUCUUAACUCGAGUCAUUUCUUGUGCUCAUUGCUUCACUUUACCCACUCGAAACCGUUUGCUGCUGUUUGGACUUCACUGCAGUUGUUGCUGAAUGAAGGAAAAGAUGGAUUCGAGAGGAGGCAUCUGGAGUUUGAUCAAAUGGGCCGAGGAACCCGAGUCGGCCCCAUGCCCUCAAAGAGGCACAGUCCCCUAGUGUAUGAACAGAACGAACAUACUUGAAGAGCUAGAAAUGCUCAAAGACUCUCAGUGCUUCCGUACUGUUUCUUAUAGCAACAAUAAAAUAGUCCUUUUUAGUUUUAUUUUUAAAAAUGAAAUGAAUAAACACACUGGUUUAAAAAUGCUAAA